UCAUGUCGGGUCGUCACUGUCGCCAUCGGCCACAGACGAUCUGCGAUCCUAGCUUAUUCGAUUGAUCUGUACGUUUGAGUACGAAAAAAAUCACUGCUAGCAAUAUCCAAUCGAUCAAACGAGCUGAAAUAUAUGUCCAUAGAUACAGGAGCUACUUUUUCCCAGUAAAACUAUGAAUUAAACUUUAACAACUAGUGAUACAGAUGUUUAUUUACUUCAUAAAUAUAAUUAAACGUGACGGAAUUAUCGAUGCAGGAAGAAUCCACUCCAUCUUUUAACAGCUGUCUAUAAUUCCCUGUGAUCAGCGUACGAAGCGCGAUACAAGUACUUUCUGAAUCCAGAUUGCGAGUGUAACGAUUUCUAGAGCAAACGGAAUCGAUAUCGAAGAAAGUUUGGCCGAGCAGCAUCCACAAUGACCACUGAGCGAAUUCACUGAGAUGAUUCCGUGGCGACAAUUGAAUGGAAGUCUAAGAUCACGAGGCUUCGCUCUCAUUAGAACGUCUCCGGUAUCCUUUUUUUUUUCCGCAAAUUCGACAGAGAUUCGAAUUCUCCGCUCUAUUUGACGCUCCCUCUCGCCGCGUACGAACAAGGCAGCGGCGGUGGUGGACGCGAGAGAGCCCCUCGCCUCCUCUCUUGGACCACCGUGAAAGAAGAGAGCACACCGUCGCCGGCGCGUUGCUCUCGACUUAGGAGAAUGUAUGGAACGGCCGAAAGGCAAAAAGGAAAAAGGACUACCCGGUGACUCGCUCUAUAUAUACUGCAACUAUCCGAGGGUAUGUCCAGUGCACGGUACGCGUCUCGUCCGUCAGCUUCAGUCAGCAGAUCGAAUCCUAACCACGUGCAACAAGUCCGUUUUACGCCGUUUAUCCCAACCGCCGGACCUUCUCCAGCAGGAUCUCUUUAAGAUCAGAGUUUGUCGCGUCCGGGUUCAGAAACGUCGCAUAAUUCGCGCAGCACGAUGAAGGGAUUUGCGGUAUUCGGUCAGUCGUCGGUCUAUCGUCAGCAGGCCCUGUUGCUGCUGCUGAUUCCUCUUCUUCUCGUCGGCUCCGUUGUCGGCGAGAUCGAGAGACGUACCUCGAAACAAAUGGUUGAGGAAUCUCCGGAGACUCUAGCCUCUACUCUGAGCAAGGAUUGUGGCAAGUCCUACAGUGCCACUUGCCUGAAACUAGACGUGGUGUCCUUCCUGGAUAGAUUAUCUGAACAGGAAGACAUCAAUAUCCUACCGGGAGUGUCGGUGAUCAAAGAAAAUAGUUCUGCCAGUAUGCCAGCUUCCGAAGUUGUCGCCAAUCUGGCUAGGGAUUUCCCUAACGACGUGGAGAAGAGACUGGACGCGUAUCUGGUUCACAAGGUCGGAAGCUACCUGAACAGCCACUCGAUAUCCAUCAAAUUGUUCGACCCCAGGACCUUCGAGGCUGCUAGGAAUUUUAACGAGGAAACGUUGGCUCAACUUGGCCUUGGCGGUGGACAAAGUGUCGGAACUGGACGUAAGAAGGAGAAGGGCGGUAUGAAUGGUUUAUUUGCUGGUCUGAUGAUGAUGAAGGGUACCCUCGGCGCUAUCGGUUUCGGUGCCCUCGCCCUACUCGCCGGAAAAGCUCUGAUGACUGGCCUGAUGGCCCUCAUGUUAUCAGCCAUCGUUGGUUUGAAAUCUUUGGCCGGUGGUGGCGAAAAGAAGACUACCUACGAGAUUGUCAGUAAGCCCGUAUACUCGAGUUCUCAUACUCACAGCUCCGAGGAGCACCACGGCCACGGCUAUGGACAUUCCGGAUACGGGAGAUCCUUGGACACGAUCCACGACAGCGUCCAGCAGGCCGUUCUGAAAUAUGGCAACGCGCGGGAUCGUCGAUCGCUAUUCCGGCAAAAUUAACGAACUCGUGAUCGGAGGAGCCGCCAGCGAGGAGCAGCUGGUGGCACGCGAGAGAUCUAGUAGCACGUCUCUACCUCACCGAGUCCACUUUGUUUCCGUUUAUCCUCUUUUCACACUUCACGGUUCCUUUCAAUCUGUAUCUAGCUCCUACUCCACCUCCACCUCUUCAUCACGCUCUCCACUGCCAUCAACUAUAUUUCUCCUACUCCUCCUUCACGUCUCUCCCAUCUUUAACUUCGUUUCGCUUUCUUGUUGCUCGCGCCUCUGUCCGUCACUUCAGUCACAUCGCCUGGUCUCAUUUCAUCGCCCCGUCUCUCCACCAUCACCAUCACCACCAUCACCAAUUUAUAUUCGUAGAUUCGUAGGUAUUUAUUUGCCAAGCAUGCUCCCACGUACCUCUACUCCCCACGGUCACACGGCUCGAGCUGGUCGUCGUUGCACAUGGACCAUUUUCGUAUCAUGUACAUGAUUUCUCCUUCUUGUUAUUUAUAUGUAUUUAUGCGCAGUGUAAAGUUUUAAUAAAUCACGUUUUUAAGAAGCUC